AUGAUGCAUUUGUUUAUGUUUUUCAAUGUUUCAACUGUAGAAGAUGCUAGAACUUUGAUUAAUUACCGAAUAAUGUUUCAUGUUGAAAUUUGGAUGAUAAUUAUUAAUCUUCUUCACACAUUAUUCUUUCUUCGAGUCACUUUGAACAUCAAACAAUAUCAUCGGAAUUGGACGAAUAUUCAAGCUUUUUUAUACAUUCAAUAUUCUUUGCAUGGGUUAACUUGGCUUGCGCAAAGACUGAUUAUUAUUUGCAGAUUGACGGAAGGUUUGUUUAAAUUUCAAAAUAUUGUCUUAUUAAUAGGUUGAAUGUGUUAUAUCCGGAUUUUUGCAUAGCUGGGUUGAUUUGUUAGAAUUUUAUAUUUUCUAGAUUUGUUUCUGGCAUCAAAUACAAAGGGCCUAUUCCAACCUAAACUUGCUAGAUCAACAUGUAACCUAGACUAGAGGCAAAAUUCCCAAAGGCCAUAGAUUUUUGAUUUUUGACAUGUAAGAUAUUUGAUCUAGAAAGAAUAACAUUUUCCAAAACUCCUACAUAUUUUUUAUAACCUAUUUCUGGAGUCAACAACAAAAAGAACAUUCCUAGUUCAAAUUUUUUAGGCGUGAACUUUUUCUGAAAACAAAGUUGCAUUUUUCAAAAGUAUAAUUUCAAUUGAUUUUUUCUCAGACAACGUUGAACUCGAUAAUUGUCUUGCACUAAUUACCUCAUUAAUUAGAACAACUUGUAUUUUUUGCUCUUUUUAUAUAUUGCUCAUAUUAACAAUAGAGCGAGUUUUUGCAACAUUUUUCCUGGAAAGUUAUGAAACUGUUCGGAAACAGAUUCUAUCAUUUUCCCUUAUUAUAUUAUUGGUUGUUUUAUCAGUUUUAAGUGCCCUAUUUGUUCACUAUUUUAAUGGUGUUUUCUCAAAUAUGCUGAUAUUUCUUGUUAUUUUGAUUAAUAUAACUGCCGCUUGGUUAAAUAAUGUUAUUUAUGAAGUGAAUCGAAAAUUUAAUCAGACAGCUCAAACACACAAUAAAUAUUCAUUAGGGAGAAGAUAUCAAAUUUCUGAAAAUUUGAAAAACUGGAAGGUAAGUUUUGAAAUAAAUUAUAAUAACUUGAAAAUAUAAUCGAUAUUUGAAGAUGAUUCGCAUACCUAUUUUAACAAUAGCCAUUCUCAAUUCAAUUUUAGCUGCAGCUAUGUGUAUUUCUAAAAUUUUCACUACAAAUUUUACAGUUAUAAUUAUUGAUUUUAUAAUUCUUAUGUAUACUUUUAUCAUUCCACAGAUUACAAUGAGAUGUAGUCCAUUAUGGAGAAAGGAGGUUCAAAGAAGCAAACAAAGGGUAGGUAUUUUUUUAUUACCGUAAUAACAACCAGCCAAUCUACCUAUAGGUCAUCUGAACUAUUCUGAUUAUUUUUAUAGGAAAUUGUUCUUUUCGGGUACCUAAAUCCGAUAAAGUCUACCAAAACGGAAAUUAUUUCACAAUCCUUUUUUCAGUUGUUCUCAACUUCAAAAGUAUUUUCUGAACCGGCUGAAAUUCAACGUCCACGUAUCGAAGUUUGCAACGUGUUUGGAAAACGACUUCGAACAACACAAGAUGUUUCAGAACAUUUUGAUAAUUUACAAAAAAUGUGGGAAGAUAAUAAAUUUUAG